AUGUUGGUAGGGAGAACUGGAAAGGACAGUGACUCUGACCGGGACCACCAGGGUGACAGAGGCGGUCUGGGUGACGACCAGGGGGACCAGGUUGACCGGGUUGACCUGGUUGACCAGGAGGAAAACCAGGGUGAUAAUAACGACCGGGUUGACCGGAUUGACCUGGUUGAUCAGGGCGACCGGGGUGAUCGGAAUGAAAGUGACGACUUCGAAGCUACAGGUGUCCAGGGGAGUCGAAGCGAAGCUAUUGAGGUGGUAGACGAUGACGUGGCACAAGGAGAUGCUGACGUGGCACCCUUGGAUCGUGUCCAGCCAGCAGACAGAACCAGGGAUGACGUGGCAGCAGCGUCAGGGGUCAUUGAAUGGGCUCCGUCAAGCAAGGAGUACAAAUACGCGAGGGGAAUAGAGCCCCCCUCUCGCUGCAGAUUCGUGCUGGGAUUAGAGGCUCCUCACCCUCCUCACAACAGUGCUGUAGAAUCGCCUGGAGGCUCUGAGGAAAGAGCUCUAGGGACUUGUGAGGGUAUAGGGAAGAGCGAACCACGGAGCAGUGGCUCUGAAGCAGGGCUGAGCAGUGCUUGCGGUGAGGAGAGGGGUGAAAGUAGAAGCUCAAUGGAAGCGGAAGAGGAGGGAGAGGUGGGAGAGGAGAGAGAGGAGGGGAAGGAGGGGGAGAAGAGGGAGGAGGAUGAGGAGGAGGAGGCGGGAGAGAAGGGGGGGAAGAAGGGGAAGGAAGGGGAGAAGGGGGAGAAGGAAGGGAAGAAGGGAGAAGGAAGGAAGAAGGAGAAGGAUGGUGAUGUGAGAGGAGGUCGUGGCAGGCUUCAUGAACAUGAGGAGGUGAAAGAUGGUGGUCCGGAAGGUGUCUGUAGGCUUAGUGAAGAUGCUUGUAUGGGGGAUGGACGUAAAAAGGAUGGGGCGAAGGGGAACCAGGUGGAGAGGGGAGGAGGUGUGGAGGGUGGUGGUCACGAGAGGCGUGGAGAUGAGGGGGGUGGAAAGGAAGGGGGUGGAAAGGAGGGGGGUGGUGGCAAGCGGGGUGGUGGUGGUGUGGAUGGUGGUGGUGUGGAUGGUGGUGUUGGCGAUGGGUGUAAGGACAGCUGGGCAGCUGAUUCUGCUGCAGCAGGAGGGAGAGAUGGAAAAGGGGAAGAUGAGGACAGGGGAGACAUGGAGGGGGGAGAUGGGAAUGGGGGAGAGAAAAGGGGCGAUGGGAAGGCGGGAGAUGAAGGGAGGAGGAAUGGGAAGGGUGGUAAGGAGGGGCCACACGCUGCAGUGCAUGAGGCAGGAACCACCACCCAGCAGCACUGUGCUCUUAUCGAGCCUGCUAGUAAUGAGAAUGCUCUUCUCGACCCAUCGACCAGUCAGCAACAAGGCACUGUUGCAGUGUCAUCAGCGGUUGUGACUUGCAAAAAGGGUGCUAUCCCACCAUCAGCUCUUGAGACGUCUGAGAAGGGUGCUAUCGUGGUGGCAUCGUCCCCUGAAGGCCAGCAUGCCACCUGUCACCCGCCUUCCCCCCGCCCGUUCGUCUUCACCAAGGACCAGUGCCAGCAGUGGCUGGACAGGGUUGAAGGGCGAACGUUCACGUACCCCACCAGGCAGCAGCUGGGUGCGGUGGAGGUGAAGGCAGCGGACUUGCAGCGGCUGCUGCCUGGGGAGUGUUUGAAUGACACGGUCAUCGACUUUUAUGUCAAUCUGGUGGUGUGUUGUGCAGUCUGGUGGUGUGUUGUGCAGUCUGGUGGUGUGUUGUGCGGUCUGGUGGUGUGUUGUGCAGUCUGGUGGUGUGUUGUGCAGUCUGGUGGUGUGUUGUGCAGUCUGGUGGUGUGUUGUGCAGUCUGGUGGUGUGUUGUGCAGUCUGGUGGUGUGUUGUGCAGUCUGGUGGUGUGUUGUGCGGUCUGGUGGUGUGUUGUGCGGUCUGGUGGUGUGUUGUGCGGUCUGGUGGUGUGUUGUGCGGUCUGGUGGUGUGUUGUGCGGUCUGGUGGUGUGUUGUGCGGUCUGGUGGUGUGUUGUGCGGUCUGGUGGUGUGUUGUGCGGUCUGGUGGUGUGUUGUGCGGUCUGGUGGUGUGUUGUGCGGUCUGGUGGUGUGUUGUGCGGUCUGGUGGUGUGUUGUGCGGUCUGGUGGUGUGUUGUGCGGUCUGGUGGUGUGUUGUGCAGUCUGGUGGUGUGUUGUGCAGUCUGGUGGUGUGUUGUGCGGUGCAGUGCUCCAGGGGAGCCGCAUCGGUCGCGACUCCACUUCUUCAGCACCUUCUUCUCCACCUCGCUUUUCCAUGCCCAGGAGCGAUUCGUCAAGCUGACUCAGGACCCGCACGAGCUGAUGCGCCUGACAAGGUGGACGAGGGGCACGGACAUAUUCUCAAAGGAUUUCAUCGUCAUCCCCUUCCACGAAGAGUACGCCCCCCUGUUGCUCUCGCCAUCUUUGGCCUCUCUGCCCGCGUCUGCCCGUCUCUGCCUGCCUUAGCCCAUCCCUUCCCCUCUCUUGUCGUUGUCGGCAAGGACGUGAGGAAGGCGCACCUCUCUACCCGCAUGCCCUUACGCACGCCCGCUCCCCACUUGAUCCCCAAUAACCUUUCAAUCCCUCAGAGGGGGGAGAGGGGCAAAGGGGGCAUCGGGGGUAAUGGGAGUGUGGGGAGGGGGAGGGGGAAGGUGGGCGCUUUCCAGAAGAUUCCUAAAGGAAGGAGGGCGAAUCUGAAGAGAAGCAGGGCGGACAUGAAAGGAAGGGGGGUGAGUAUGCAAGGAAGAGGGUGGCUUGGGCAAAGCAGGGAAGUGAGAGCAUUAUUGGAAGGUGGGAGAAGGAGUGCGGCUAGUGAGAGAGGUGCUGACGUGGCAGAGGAGGGUCAGGAGGGUGGCAAUAAGGGCGAUGGGAAGGGGAGAGACAGCACUGCUGGCAGAGUGAGGAGGCUUGCUGACGUGGCAGAAGUUGCAGUGUCGGUGGAGGGAGGAGAGGAGGAGGAGGAGGAGGAGGAGGAGGAGGAGGAGGAGGAGGAGGAGGAGGAGGAGGAGGAGGAGGAGGAGGAGGAGGAGGAGGAGGAGGAGGAGGAGGAAGGGAAGGGCGAAGGUGGAAGGGAGGGGUUUGGGGAGGAGGAGGGGUCUGGGAAGGAGAGGCGAGGGGAGGGAGGGAAAAGUGCGAGAGUUGCGAGUGUGAGCCAGUUGGUCAACCACCAUCCUGGUGAUUCUGACAGGGGAAGUCAAGAGAGAGUCACUACCAGGGGUACCAAGCAGUUUGCUGGUAAUAGUCCUCACCGUGUGAGGGUGUUGAACCAGGAUGUUAAUAUUCCUGGUGAGAGGGUGUUGAGUGUGCAGGGCGGUGAUCUUUUGAGACGUCUCAAAACUCGUCACCGUGAGAGGGUGUUGAGCCAGGAUGUGGAACCAGGUGUGAAUGGUUCCGGUGAGAGGGUGUUGAGUGUGCAGGGCGGUGAUCUUCCCAGUCCCAAGGUGCGUGGUGGCAGGUCGUUUGUGAAACGCAGGCGGUUGGAUGCGGUUGAUAGGGAUGGUGCGAUGCGUGAUGGGUCCGGGGAUAGCGCAGUGGGCUUGGGCGGCAUGGGUGGCGUGGGUGGUGUGGGUGGUGUGGGUGGUGUGGGUGGUGUGGGUGGUGUGGGUGGUGUGGGUGGUAUAGGUGAUGGUAUGGUGUGGGGUGUGAGGAAGCAGCUGCAAACACGCAGCAGGGCGAGGGGUAAGGCGAGAGGAGGAGCGCCAAGGGAGGAUGAGGGGGAGAAGGAGAAGGAGGAGGGGGAGAAGGAGGAGGAGGGGGAGAAGGAGAAGGAGGAGGGGGAGAAGGAGGAGGGGGGGAAGGAGGAGGAGGGGGAGAAGGAGAAGGAGGAGGGGGAGAAGGAGGAGGAGGGGGAGAAGGAGGAGGAGGAGGAGGAGGAGGAGGAGGAGGAGGAGUGGGAGAAGGAGGAGGAGGGGGAGAAGGAGGAGGAGGAGGAGAAGGAGGAGAAGGAGGGGAUUGGUGGUGGUGCAAAGGGGGUGAUAGACGUUGGUGGGAGCAGAGGAGUGGAAAGGCGUGGAGGGGCUGGUGAUAGUGUGGCGGGUCGAGAGGGCGGAGGAGAGAGUGGAGGAGGGGGUGGAGGAGGGGGUGGAGGAGAGAGUGGAGGAGAGGGUGGAGGAGAGGGUGGAGGAGGGGAAAUGGGGGAUGUGGAAGGGAGGUGUGCAGGGGUGGUUAGUGUGGUUGGAGAAGGGUGUGCGAAGGAGGGGGGAGUGAAGGAGGAAGGUAAUGAGGAAAGGGAGGAAGCGGAGGAGGGACGGAAAGAGGGAGAGAAGGAGGAAGGGAAGGAGGGAAGAAAGGAGGGAGGGAAGAAGGGAGGGAAGGAGGGAGGGAAGGAGGGAGGGAAGGAGGGAGGGAAGGAGGGAGGGAAGGAGGGAGGGAAGGAGGGAGGGUUGCAGGAGCAUGUGGGGGUGGGAAUUAGAAGUGAGGGUGGGGGGAUGGUAAAGGAAGGCAUGAGGCUUGAGCGGGACGAUGUGAGGGGAGUGUGGAGGCUUGGUGGUGGCGAGAAAGAGGCAAGAAAGAGUUUGGAUAGGCAAGUGGAAGGAGGCAAAGCCGGGGAGGAGAGGGGAGUGGUAGGAGGGGAGGGUGGUGGGGAGGGAGAGGGGUUUAAAGAUGAAGCGAGAGAGGAGGGGGUUGCUGGAGAGAAGGGAAGUCUAGGAGAGGAAGGAGGUGCAGGAACGGAGGAAGCUGUAGGAGAGGAGGGAGAAGGUACCGGAGUGGACAAAGGCUGCAGUUCUAAAGAGGAAACUAUUGGAGGGGCGGACAGCAAAGAAGGGGGGCGAAGGGGGGAACGAGGGGAAAUGAUUACAAGGGAUGAUUGGAAGAAAGGGGUAGAAGGGGAGGGAGGGGUGAGUGGGGGGGAGGAGGUUGGGAUGGUUGAAGGAGAGGUAAGGAGUGGCGAUGGGGAAGAUCAAGUCCAGGGAGUUGUGGUUGUAGAGGAGGGGAGAGGAGAGGGGAAAGGGGAAGUGGGAGUGUUGGGGGAUGAGGAGGAGGAAGGAGAGAAGGAGGAAUUGGAGGGGGGAAAGGAGGGGGGAGAGGAAGGGGGAGGAGGGGCGAGAGAGGAGCGGAGAGAGGAAGGGGGGGGAGAGGCGAGAGAGGAGGGGAGAGAGAAGAGGAGAGAGGAGGGACGAGAGGAGGGGAGAGAGGAGGGGCUAGAGGAAGGGAGUGAGGUGAAAUAUGGAAAAGAGGAGGAGGAAUCCGAGAAGAUGGAAGGGAAUGAGGAAGGUGGAGAGGAAGAAAAUGUGGGGGUUAAGGAGGAAGAGAAUGAGGUGAUGAAAUUGGUGAGGGUUGAGGAGAGAAAAGAGGAGAGGAAAGAGGAGAUGGAAGAGGAGAGAAAAGUGGAAGAAGAGGGGAAAGGGGACAGGGAAGAAGAGAAGGAAGAGGAGGUGAAAGAGGAGAGGGAAGACGAGAGGAAAGAGGAGAGGAAAGAGGAGAGGAAAGAGGAGAGGAAAGAGGAGAGGAAAGAGGAGAGGAAAGAGGAGAGGAAAGAGGAGAGGAAAGAGGAGAGGAAAGAGGAGAGGAAAGAGGAGACGAAUGAGAGGAAAGAGGAGAAGAAAGAAGAGAUGAAAGAGGAGAGGAAAGAAGAAAUUAAAGAGGAAAGGAAAGAAGAAAGGGAAGCAGAGAGGGAAGAGGAGAUGGAAGAGGUGAAAGGGUGGAGGAAAAAAGAGAGCAAAGAAGAGAGCAAAGAGGAGAGGAAAGAGGAGAGCAAAGAGGAGAGCAAAGAGGAGAGGAAAGAGGAGAGCAAAGAGGAGAGGAAAGAGGAGAGCAAAGAGGAGAACAAAGAGGAGAGGAGAGAGGAGAGCAAAAUGGAGAGGAGAGAGGAGAGCAAAGAGGAGAGGAGAGAGGAGAUCGCAGCUGCUACAACCUCCUGUGCUACAGCUGUUACAACUGCAGCAGGUACAGGUGCAGCUGGAAACGGCAUGUCUGCUAUGCAGCUGCUGAUGGGAGCAGCACGGAAUGGCCCUCAGGCUGUGAGCAAGGCAGGUGCACGUGCACACAUUGUUGAGAUCGCUCAUGAGGGCACUAAGGAGGGGACUCGUGAGGGCAGUCGCGAAAUGACUCGUGAGGGCGUUGGUGCUGCUUCUAUUGCUGUGGUUCUUUGGGAGAAGUGUGAAGUGGGGCACGGCAGUGAGGGCGGAAAGUCGGUGGUGUUUGAGUCCAGCCCAGAGGUGUGUAGAGAGGUGGGGAGUGGUGCGAAUGGGAGUGGUCCUGGGGAGAUAAGGGAAGAGGAGAUGGGGGAUGGGAAAGAUGGGAAGGGGAAAGAGGAAGGAGAGGAGGGAGAAGAUGAGAUAUUGGAGGGAGAGGAAGAGGGGAAGGAGGGGGAGGAGGGAGAGGAGGGAGAGGAGGGAGAGGAAGGAGAGGAGGAGGGAGAGGAGGGAGAGGAAGGGGAGGAGGAGGGAGAGGAGGGAGAGGAAGGAGAAGAGGAGGGGGAGGAGGGAGAGGAAGGAGAGGAAGGAGAGGAGGGAGAGGAGGGAGAGGAGGAAGAGGAGGAAGAGGUAGGGGAGGAGGGAGAGGAAGAAUCAGAGGAGGGAGAAGAGGAUGGAGAGAGGGAUGGAGGGGAAGAGAUAGAAGAUAUCCAGGAGGAGGGGGGGGAGGAAGUGGGGGAGGAAGGCGAGGAGGAAAAUCUGGAGAAGGAGGCUGAAGAGGAUGGUUCAGGUGGUGGGCAAGUGAGGGAAAUCAAGAGCUGGAUUCCUGGAUUGGAUAAUUCUGGUGCUGCUGGUGAUGAUGAUGGUGAUGCUGUUGAUGCUGAUGGUGAUGAUGAUGUGAAGGAAAUAGGUUUCAAAACAUUUCGGGGAGGCAGGGGCAGCGCACGCGGCAGGGGGCGGGCGGGAACGGCAGCGCAAACGAGACGCGGAGGAAGGAGGGGGGUUCAGGUGCGGGGCAAAGGGAAGGGAAAGCAACAGAGGGGCACAAGGGGAGGGCAGAUGAAGUGGAGUAUAGAGGAGGAGGAAGAGGAGGAGGAAGAUGAGGAGGGGGGGUCACGUGAAGGGGGGUUGGAGCUGGUGACGGGGCCAAACGGAACGCGGGAGGCCACCAUUCUGUACCUUGACUCGCUUCCAGAAAGCUCCAAGUCGCCUGCCAUCUACAGCGCAAUCAAGUUUUACCUGCAGGCUGAGUGGAUGAAGAGGAGCAAGGAGCCGUUGGAUCCCAAGAAGCCGCUGCAAUCUGGGCCGUUCAGCAAAGUGCGCGGGAAGAAAGUCAAGGUGCCAGCACAGGACAACGACUAUGACUGCGGUUGUUUCAUCCUCUGCUACAUUCAGAAGUUUGCUCAGAUGGCUGCUGCUCUCCCACGCUCUGCUGAUGGCGUCGCAGAUAAGCUGAGCAACGACUGGUUCGAGGCGUGUGAAGCAUCCUCUCUGCGCCGACGGCUCUUCUCCAUCGUGGCCGGCAUGCUGCUGCCUCAACAUCCCCCGCCGCAACCCCUCUCACCCCCUUCUCAACCACUCUCAACCCCUUCUCAACCCAUCGCACCACCUUCUGAACCGAUCUCCCUUCCUUCACCUGCCUCGCCGGCCCUGCCCAUCUCUCUGCCUCCACCUGCCUCCGUUCCGUCUCCUGCUCUUCCACCUGCUAUUUGUGCCGUUGCGGCUAGUGCACUGAAACCCACCACAGCAGCAGCGGCACGAGCAGCAACAGCCGCAGCAGCGGAAGCAGCAGCAGCUGGAGCAACAGCAGCAGCAGCAGCAGCAGCAGAAGAAGAACAAGAAGCAACAGCGGCUGGAACAGCAGAGAAAGAAGCAGAAGCAGAGCAAACAGCAACAGCAACAGCAGCAAAAGAAUCAUCAGCGGGAGCAGCAGGGAAGGAAGCAGCAGCAGCAGGUGCAGCCAUCAAGGCGAAGAGGGGCAGAGGCAGACCGCGCAAGCAAGUGGAGGAGGACACAGUCAGCCCCGUUGAUGCACUUUUUGCUGAUGUGUGCACUAUUGAGUCUACUCAAAAGGUGACUGUUGAGUCAACUCAAAAGCAAGUGGAGGAGGACGCAGUUAGCCCUGCUGAUGCACAUUCCGCUGAUGUGGGUACAGCUGGUGCAGGUGUUACUGCCGCAUCUGAUGCUGAUGAUGCUGGUGCCAACUGGAUGGCUCGUCCAGAGUCCAUACAAGAAGCAGAUGUGGGUGCAGCUGGUGAAGGUACAGCUGGUGAAGGUACAUCUGGUGAAGGUACAGCCGGUGCCGAGGCUGGGACUGAGGCUGGGACUGAGGCUGGGACUGAGGCUGGGACUGACGCUGCGGCUGAGACUGAGGCUAGGGCCAAGGCUGAGGCUGGGGCCGAGGCAGUGGCUGGGGCCACUGGCGGUACAGUUGGGCUGGAUGCUGCGUGCAGAGAGCAGUAUGCUGCUCGCAUGGCAGGGAAUAUGGAGCAAGUUGACACCCAAGGUGACAAUCAAGGCGACACCCAAUUUGACACCCGAAAUGGCACCAGAGGUGGCACUGAAGGCGACACCCAAGGCGGCAGCAGAGAGAGCGGUGAAGCGCUGGUGGUGUUUGGCAAGGAGCCGUGGCCUGCUUGGCCCUGGCGUGCUUCUGAGCCCGUGGGUCACACUAGGCUCUCGUCCCUCUGGCCAUGGCGUGCCUCUGAGCUUUCUACAUGCCACGGGACUCACUCCCUGCUGCGCUGGCCUGUCAUGUCUGUAGAUUCUGGUGGUGGUGCCUGUGAUGGUGCUGCUGCUAGUGGUGGAGGUGCUUAUGUUUGUGCUGCUGGUGGUGAUGGUGACUAUGAUGGUCGUGCUUUUGCGCCGCCGGAUGUGCAAGAAUCGGCGCCAGUGCUGGUUGCAGUCGUUUGGCAACCGGUGGACGACACGAGUCAACAUCCACAUGAAAGGAGUGCUGGCGGGGAGGGUGUUACACAACCUUUCAGGAGCGUCAAAGGUCAACAUCCACAUGAAAAGAGUGCAGGCGGGGAGAGUGUGACACAGCCAGGUGUAGGGAGGGAUGCUGAUGGGUUGGCAGGAGUUGCGGUGGAGGGGAAAGAGCGAGAUGGAGCGGAAGGGGCUGAGAUAGCUGGCGCGGAAAGGGAUGGGACAGAAGCGGUAAAGGAGGGGGAGGAAGAAGAGUUGGUGAGGGGAAGAGCACGAGGGGGGACGAAGCGGAAGCGAGUGAAACGCAGUGCUGGGUGGAGUGGGAGGAAGAGGGUUAGGAGGGCGGUGAAGGGGCCUGAGGGUGAUGGGAAGAGGAAGCAGGCUGAGGAGGAGGAGAGGAGAGAGGACGAGGGGGAGGAAAGGAGAGAGGAGGAUGGAGAGGAGAGGAGGAGAGAGGAGGAGAGGGGAAUGAAAGUGCGUGUGGUAGGAGGUAUGGGAGAGGGAGAGGAGGGAGAGGAGGGAGGGGAGGGAGGAGAGCGGAGGGAGAGGGACAGGGAUGGGAGGGGAAGGUGGGUGCUGAUAAGGCUUGCAGCAUCGGAAGAGGUGAUUCGAGUGGGGAGGGGGGUAGAGGACGAGGACAGAGAGGUGGAUAUUGGUGGGAUGGGGGAUGAAGAUGAGGAGGGGCUGGGAGGGGCUGGGAGCGAGGGAGAGGAGGGGCAUGGAGUGGGUGUAGAGAGAUGCUCGGAACCGGACCAGCUGCUCAGCUUCGGCUCUGGCGAAGCUGAGUUGGAUCGGCUGGUGAAGUUUGGGUUUCCGAGAGCGCCACAGGGACAGCAACGGCGGCUGGCGGGAUUUGCUGAUCUGUUGAAGUGGAAUGGAGGGAGCGGUGGUGCGGAGGCGAUGGAGGAAGGUAGAGGGGUUAGGUGCGGUGCGGAGGAGGGGGUGUGGCGGCAGUGGGUUGAGAGGUGGAAGGAGGGGAGAGGGGAUGGGAGCAGCAGAGCGGGGGAGAGGAUGGUUGGGACGAGGGUGGGAGGAGAAGGGAUGGGAGGAGAAGAGGUGGGGGGAGAGCGGGUGGGAGGAGACGAGGCAGAAGGAGCAGAGACAGGAGGGGUAGAGGCAGGAGGGGUAGAGGCAGGAGGGGUAGAGGCAGGAGGGGUAGAGGCAGGAGGGGUAGAGGCAGGAGGGGUAGAGGCAGGAGGGGUAGAGGCAGGAGGGGUAGAGGCAGGAGGGGUAGAGGCAGGAGGGGUAGAGGCAGGAGGGGUAGAGGCAGGAGGGGUAGAGGCAGGAGGGGUAGAGGCAGGAGGGGUAGAGGCAGGAGGGGUAGAGGCAGGAGGGGUAGAGGCAGGAGGGGUAGAGGCAGGAGGGGUAGAGGCAGGAGGGGUAGAGGCAGGAGGGGUAGAGGCAGGAGGGGUAGAGGCAGGAGGGGUAGAGGCAGGAGGGGUAGAGGCAGGAGGGGUAGAGGCAGGAGGGGUAGAGGCAGGAGGGGUAGAGGCAGGAGGGGUAGAGGCAGGCAGAGUAGCGGUGAGAGUUGCGAGGAGAGAUUCUGAACUGGUUGAUCGACUGACAGUGACAGAAGGAGAGGGGAGAUUUACAAAGAAGGGAGGGGAGGAGGUGGAACAGGAGGAGGGUGAUGAUAUGAAGAGUGAAGAGGAAGGAAGUAGUGAGGACAGGAGUAAGAUGGAAGAUGAGGGUUUCAUGGAGGGGGGUGAAAUAUCUCCUGGUUGGAAAAGGGAGGCUGAAAUCAAUCCUGUGAAGGAGCAAGGCUGUGAAGGCAGGCUUGAGGGUGGGCGUGGGGAUGGGGAUGGGGAUGGGGGUGGGCAUAUGAUUGGCUACGAGAUUGGGUAUGGUAUUGGGCGUGAGAUUGGGUAUGAGAUAGGGUAUGGGAUAGGGCACGAGGUGAGGAGUUUGGGUGAGGGAGAGGAGGCGGAAGAGGUGGAGAGGAGGGGGGAAGAGGUGGAGCGGAAGGGGGAAGAGGUGGAGCGGAAGGGGGAAGAGGUGGAGCGGAAGGGGGAAGAGGUGGAGCGGAAGGGGGAAGAGGUGGAGCGGAAGGGGGAAGAGGUGGAGCGGAAGGGGGAAGAGGUGGAGCGGAAGGGGGAAGAGGUGGAGCGGAAGGGGGAAGAGGUGGAGCGGAAGGGGGAAGAGGUGGAGCGGAAGGGGGAAGAGGUGGAGCGGAAGGGGAAGAGGUGGAGCGGAAGGGGGAAGAGGUGGAGCGGAAGGGGGAAGAGGUGGAGAGGGGAGGGAGCGGGAUAG